UAUAGACAGAAAGAGUGGGUUAGCAACGGAGGGGUAGAGCGAGUUAAUGGAGGGAGGAUGGGGGGCGGAGAAAGCCAACGACACAGCUUUUCUUUCCGAUAAAGAGCCCAAGCAGGGGCUGAGAGUACUAGUAACCUGAUGGUGCAAUCUUUGGGGAUAGAAAGGAUUCCCCUGGCACGUGACCCGGUGCUGCCACCCCCAUUAUAGCGACCUGUCUGCGCUCAGCCGCUGCUAAAUCCGGAGCCGGCUAGCUCUGUACUCUACACUGAGGGCCAUGGAUGAAGACCGGAGUGGGGAACAAAUGAGACCUCUGCUCACCACGGGACAUGAUGAAGAAGCUAUUGUGGACUUGGGGAAGACCAGUUCUACGGUAAACACCAAUUUUGAGAAGGAGGAGCUGGAAAGUCACAGAGCUGUUUACAUUGGUGUUCACGUGCCAUUUGCCCGACAAAGUCGUAGACGACAUAGACAUAGGGGUCACAGGCAUCAUCGAAGAAGAAGAGAGAAAGAGAACGAUAAGGAGGAUGGAAGAGAAUCUCCCAAUUAUGACACCCCUUCCCAGCGUGUGCAGUUUAUUCUUGGCACUGAAGAUGAUGAUGAAGAGCACAUUCCUCAUGACCUUUUCACAGAAAUGGAUGAAUUGUGUUUCCGGGAUGGUGAGGAAUGUGAAUGGAAGGAAACUGCAAGGUGGCUCAAAUUUGAAGAAGAUGUAGAAGAUGGCGGAGACAGGUGGAGCAAGCCAUAUGUGGCAACUCUUUCUUUGCACAGUCUGUUUGAGCUAAGAAGCUGCAUACUUAAUGGCACAAUAAUGCUGGAUAUGAGAGCCAACACAAUUGAAGAAAUGUCAGAUAUGCUGUUGGAUAACAUGACUGCGUCUGGUCAGAUGGAUGAAUCCAUGAGAGAGCCAGUUCGAGAAGCUCUCCUAAAAAGGCAUCACCACCAAAAUGAGAAGAAGCUAAGUAACCGCAUUCCAUUGGUGCGAUCCUUCGCUGACAUAGGCAAGAAACAUUCUGAAACUCACUUGCAUGAACGAAACGGGGAAGGCCUUUCUGCCUCCCGUAACUCGUUGCGAGCAGAAUCUCGCCUUUCUCUCCUCCUCAAUUACCUUCUUCCUCCUUCGAGAGCUGGGACCCCGGCAGGCUCCAGGCGUUCAACUCCUGUGCCUACCCCACAAAACACACCACCCUCCAGCCCUACCCUCAAUCGCCUGCCUUCUACAGGCUCUCAGGAGAUUGAGCACUGUGUCCCAAAACCUCAGCCACCCACUAUUGAUGUUAUCCCUACUGUCAUAAUUCACCCACCAGAGGAGGAUGUAGAGAUGCAGGAGAGCUUGGACAUGAAGAAGCAAGAUGAUGGUGACAUUGAUUCAGGGCUUCUGUCCUCUCCACAGUCUGUAGCAGGAAAUAUGGAUACAAACAAAACAGCAGAGAUGAAGCGGAAUGCAACAGGAGGAAGUCUGGAGAACAGUACAGUUGAUUUCAGUAAGGACCCUGCCUCCUGGCACUGUAGUUGUGGCACAAUAAUAAUGGGACGCAAGAGGUCGGCUGUUGACAUGAACUUCAUGAGGAAAAUUCCAGCUGGAGCUGAGGCAUCAAAUGUCUUAGUGGGGGAAGUAGAUUUUUUGGAUCGGCCAAUCAUUGCAUUUGUAAGAUUAUGUCCUGCAGUUUUGCUUUCUGGACUCACAGAGGUUCCAAUUCCUACACGUUUUUUGUUUAUUUUACUGGGUCCAACUGGAAAAGGAGGACAGUACCAUGAGAUCGGAAGAUCAAUUGCUACCCUUAUGACUGAUGAGAUAUUUCAUGACGUUGCUUAUAAAGCAAAGGACAGAAAUGACCUUCUUGCUGGAAUUGAUGAAUUUCUUGACCAGGUGACUGUCCUGCCUCCAGGAGAGUGGGAUCCAUCCAUUCGUAUUGAGCCUCCAAAAAGUGUUCCCUCCCAGGAAAAAAGGAAGAUACCAACCAUCCCAAAUGGGUCUACUCCAGUAGGUGAAACAUUUAAGGAAGAGCAACAUCACACAGGUCCGGAGCUGCAAAGGACUGGAAGGGUUUUUGGUGGCUUGAUGCUUGACAUCAAAAGGAAAGCACCUUUUUUCUUGAGUGACUUCAAGGAUGCAUUAAACCUGCAGUGCCUGGCCUCCGUUCUUUUCCUAUACUGUGCCUGUAUGUCUCCUGUAAUCACUUUUGGAGGUCUUCUGGGAGAAGCAACACAAAACAGAAUAAGUGCAAUAGAGUCUCUCUUUGGAGCGUCAUUAACGGGAAUUGCAUAUUCUCUGUUUGCUGGUCAACCGCUUACCAUAUUGGGCAGCACGGGGCCUGUCCUUGUUUUUGAAAAGAUUCUGUUCAAAUUCUGCAAAGAUUAUGGGCUAUCUUACUUGUCCUUGCGUACAAGUAUUGGUCUUUGGACAGCGUUCUUAUGUCUGUUGCUGGUUGCAACUGAUGCAAGCAGUUUAGUGUGCUACAUCACUCGAUUUACGGAAGAAGCAUUUGCUGCACUCAUUUGCAUUAUAUUUAUUUAUGAAGCUUUGGAGAAAUUAUUCCAUUUAGGAGAGAAAUAUGCGUUCAACAUGCACAAUGAUCUAGACCUUUUGACAAAAUAUUCUUGUGUGUGUUCUGAGCCACUCGACCCCAACAAUGAAACUUUAGCUUUGUGGAGUAAAGCUAAUAUCACAGCAAGCGAGGUACCAUGGGACAACCUCACUGUCGCUGAUUGUGUGAGUUUGAAUGGUACCUUUAUUGGCUCUGCCUGUGGACACCACGGCCCCUAUAUACCAGAUGUUUUUUUCUGGUCCGUUAUUUUAUUUUUCACAACUUUCUUCCUGUCAUCUUUCCUGAAGCAGUUCAAGACUAAAAAUUACUUUCCAACCAAGGUGCGCUCUACUAUUAGUGACUUUGCAGUGUUUCUGACAAUAGUGAUUAUGGUUCUUGUAGACUUUUUGGUGGGGAUUCCUUCUCCUAAACUUCAUGUUCCUGAGAAAUUUGAGCCUACCUUAAAAGACAGAGGCUGGAUAAUUGAUCCUCUGGGUGAAAACCCUUGGUGGACAUUACUAGCAGCGGCUAUUCCAGCCUUGCUUUGUACAAUUCUUAUCUUCAUGGAUCAGCAGAUCACUGCAGUCAUUAUAAACCGGAAAGAACAUAAGCUGAAGAAAGGCGGUGGAUACCAUCUUGAUCUUUUUAUGGUUGCCAUUAUGCUUGGAGUGUGUUCAAUUAUGGGGCUACCCUGGUUUGUUGCUGCAACUGUUCUAUCCAUCAGCCAUGUUAACAGCUUGAAAGUGGAAUCUGAAUGCUCUGCCCCCGGAGAGCAGCCAAAAUUCUUGGGAAUAAGAGAACAGCGAGUAACUGGGCUUCUGAUCUUUGUUUUGAUGGGGCUCUCCGUUUUCAUGACAUCUGUUUUAAAGUUUAUUCCAAUGCCAGUCCUUUAUGGUGUUUUCCUUUACAUGGGUGCUUCAUCGCUCAAAGGCAUUCAGCUUUUUGACCGAAUCAAAUUGUUUGGAAUGCCAGCCAAACAUCAGCCUGAUCUAAUUUACUUGCGCUAUGUACCCCUCUGGAAGGUUCACGUAUUUACAGUUAUUCAGCUUACUUGCCUUGUACUUCUGUGGGUUAUUAAAGCAUCUUCAGCUGCUGUUGUGUUCCCAAUGAUGGUCCUUGCUCUGGUUUUUAUCCGCAAGCUUUUGGACUUUAUCUUUACCAAAAGAGAAUUGAGCUGGUUAGAUGAUCUGAUGCCUGAAAGUAAAAAGAAGAAAGAAGAUGAUAAGAAGAAAAAGGCAAAAGAAGAGGCCGAAAGAAUGCUCCAGGCUGAAGAGAGUGAUGUACAAAUUGAUUAUGAAGGAAGGAACCUUCUUCAGAUUCCAGUCAAGAACUUGAAAUACAGCCUUGACCCCUCUGUUGUAAACAUAUCAGAUGAAAUGGCCAAAACGGCUCAAUGGAAGGCUCUUUCCAUGAAUCCUGAGAGUGCCAAAGUAACCAGACCUAACCUGAGCCCUGAUAAACCCGUGAGUGUGAAAAUCACCCUAGAAGACACCUCAUCCCGGAAAUACGUGGAUGCUGAAACUUCCCUAUAGAACUGGGCAAAGACAAAGUGUGUGUGUGUGUGUGUGUGUGUGUGUAAGAAAGUAUGAUUGUAGUGUCUAUAUGUGUGAUGAGUAAAUAUCAGAGUGAAGAAAAAAACCCAAAAUACUGUAUGCACACCUCAUAAAUUAUUAGCACUGUAAAUACUGUAUAAGAAGUUGACAGGCUCUCAUACUGUAAUAAUAUGGCACAGGAAGAACACUCAAAAAUUAUUUAUUCAUUAGGAACUUUUAUAUAAUUUUUUAAUGGAUUUUAUGGUGUAUUUAAAAGCCUGUCAGGAUGCCAAAGUGUUUUUCAAGGCCAUUUUGACAGGAAGCGCUUCACAAAUGACCUGACUUGUCAUUCCUGUUCUUUCCAUAACAAAACUAUUUUACCAUUAUACGUUUUUUAAUCUGAUUUUUUUUUUUAGUCUGUGUUCAGACGUGUCAGUGAUAAAGUGUAGCUGACACAACACAUGUAAUACAUUAAACCUUUAGUGUCUAUUUGUACUUUACAGAGUCUUUUCAGUAGUGUAUGGUUUCAUGAUUUUUCGUUUGCCUGGUUUGCAUUUUGCUUCUUAUUCCAUUCAGUUCUCCCUGAAAAUUGUCUGUCUGUUCCCGGCCAAGAAUUCCAGCAGCAUGUUCAUCCCAAAGCCAUCAGGAAUUAUGUGCUCAGGGCUUCUCCAGACAUCAUUUAGGUCAGAAAUCCCGUUGCACAGGGGCUACAUUGGUCCCAGUAUGUAGUCUGCACCUCAUAUAAGGACCAGACUAUAGGAUCAGCCUGAUUUUGUCUGCCACAUGAGUAGCUAAAAUGUGCAACUGCUCAACUGUUAGCUUGCCUGACAGAAUGAGCAAAUAGCACAGCUGUGACUACACCCUUCUGUUAUCUUGAAUCACAUUUCCUGAUGGUCGCCCAUAUUAGGAAAAUAAGAAAAUAUAUGUUCAAAUUCAAGCUAAGGAAGAUAGUCUUCUAUUUCUCUCUAUUUUCCUGUUCUGUGAUCUACUACAUGCUUUGCAAACAUGGAGCAAGUUUGUAGUUGCCUCAGUGCUGCAAGGAUUAUCCACAGUGUUUAUUUCUGCCCUAAGCAAUAUUCUUCUGAACACAUUCAUAUUUUACAUUUUAUUCUUACUGUCUGUGGUAGCCAAAAACAUCUUAAAUCUAAUGAUUUGUAUACACUACAAGAAUAGGCUUUUUUUUGCCAGACUGGCAGCAAUGUUAGAGGGAAUGACCAAUCUUUCCCUUUUCAUUCUGGAUAUUGGAUCUGGGUAUUCUCUACAGAAUCCUUUAUAUAUGAUAGACUAGUUCAGAUGGGUUUUAUGAGUCUAGUGAUUUAAAGGUGGUUUUGGAAAAAGGAACCAACAAAGUUAAAAAAUGAAAAAGAUAAUUCAUAGACUUUUCUGCAACUGGUACAAUGCAUUUACAUAAAAAGAAAGGCAAUUUUGGUUUUUGAAAGGAUAUGCUUCUAUCAUUUAAAACAUGGUUGGCUUUUACUAUGUUGUUCAAAAAGCAAAACUCUGCACCCAUCAUUUUACAGAUCCUAAAAUACCCAAUAAUGUACUUGCAAAGUUCUUUUUAUCGUGCAGUUUUUGGAUUGGAAAACUGAGUAGAAAAUGGGGCACUAUUGUAGUUUAGCAAUAUAUUUUCAAAAAAGUGAUUCUCAUUAACAGUAUUGCAUAACUUUUACAUAAUUUCAUUGUAUUUGUACAAUUUUGGUGUUGUGGAAAAACAUUCUUAAGAUAUUAGAAGUUAGUGGAAUUUUUUAGUUCUUAUAUGUUUGAAAAAGUAAGUGAUCCUUUACUGUGACUCUAAUCUGUCGAAGUAGAACUCUUUGCGUCGGUAUAAAGUAGUGCAUUCAACUUAUUUAUUUAUAAGGCUGAUGUCCCAGAGUGUGUUAGUUGCGCACGACUGCAGGCAACUUUGCAAAACCGAAGGGAAGGCUUUUCCACUGGCGACUCCCAUGAUAUCGGAGAUAUGACGCAGGUGACUAACACAUUCCGUGGGACAUCAGUCUAUAGCUGUUGUAUGAUAAAAGCUAAGCUUUCUGUUGUAUGUAAAUUCCAGCAGUUAAGGGUUCUGGGGGCACUGAUUCUAAAAGUAUUUUUGCUAAAAGUAUGCUCUUAAUUUGAAGUGUAUGGAAACUGGUAGUCGCAUACAAACUUGCAUAGAACAAAUUUACUAGCGCUGCUUUCAGUUUAUUUUGGAUCCAAGUGUAUUAAAUAGGCAGUGUUUUACACAGUGAUUGGCUGUGUAUUUCUGUGCCACUUCUUACACAUUUAUAAACAUGCUCCUUAGGUUGUUAAGGCUAAUGUCAAUCCUUUUCUCACCAGCAGAGAAAUCCUUUUAGGGGCAAAAUUUACCUGUGGCAGUCUUUGAUCAUGACUUUAGCCUUAAACUGAGCAGUCUUAAAGGUUUGGCAACAAACUUUCCAGCCUAAUCUCCCAGUUCUCUUAUUUGUAUAUGGUCUGAUUAUACAUGCCACAACAGCCUGCAAGGCACUUUUCUAAUUUUGUAAUAUGUGCUGUUUAACAGGGAUGCCAAACCUCCUCAUCAGUUUUUCAAAACUGUAACUUCUGUAGGAGAAGUAAAAAAAAACAAAAAAAAAACACCCAACUAGAAGUUUAUAGGCCCCCCACCACUACUACUGUUUAAAUGUAAUGCAUCUUUUCCAAUAAAUAGAUUUGAUUUUUUUAUGGUUACCACAAUUUGUUAUUCACAAAAUAGUUCCUGGAGGUGGUAUAUAUUGGUGUUUGCCUGCAUGUUUUUCAUUUCUUUAAAACUCAAAUGGAGUCUUUUAGUAUUUCUCUUUUUUUGAAAGUGUUCCAAGCUUUUAUGUUUUACACCAUAUGCAAGCUGUGUCUGCAGUUUUAUCUCUCCUGUAUUUCAUAGUUAUUUCAAGAUAACUUAAAGGUGCAAUUUGUGUAUGUAUUGAAUGAACAAUAAUUUAUUUGUCUGUUUACACCUUUAUAGUUGUUUGAUUAUAUUUUGUAGAAAAUUGCUUUUACCAAAAACAGUAAUUUUUUUAUUUUGCUGGAUAAAGUAUAACAGAGCUUAAGUCAAUGAAUAUUGAAGAAGGCAUUUGCAACCCCAUUUCCCAAGUGCUGUUUACAAUAUAAGGAUUAGUAUAUGCAUAUGGGAAUAUCCAUGUGAAAUCUAGUAACAGUGUAACCAGAAUGUACAACCAGUCCUGAACCAAAGGUCAAUCGGCCUUUUACCCCACCACCUUUCUUAUUUAGGAUAUUUUCAAUAACUUGCCUGUUUGUUGCCUUUGUGAAAUGGAGUUGCAUAUUUCUGACACAAAAAGCAAGAGAGAUACAUAUUGUUUCCAAUAGUUCUAGCAAAAUGUCAAUUUAAUUGAAAAUUUAGCAUUAAAAAGAAGUGGCCACUUUGUUUUCAAACGUAUAAAAUGUACUGGGGUUUCUUUUCUCUUUUUACUGUUUUGAAAAUAAAUAAGUGUUGUCUUCCAUUGUUCAGUGAGGUUUUCUGGACAAAGCCAGACCUUUAGGAUAUAUGUAUAAUACAUAAUUUCACUCAUAGCAAUGUCCAGCACAUUAGCAGAGGUUUUUUUGUUAAUUUUUUUUUGUAUUUUUUGGGGGGGGGGGAGGGGGGUUGCUCGGUUAGGGAGCGAAUGGGAUUUUGUAACAAGUAUGAUUUGUCUUUCUUACUUUAACAAAUCCAAAGCAAGUUUGAGAACCAUAUAUUAUAUUUUGGUUAUUUUAAUGGCAUAUGCAAACAUGUUAGUACUGUGUUCUAUUGGAGAUGUGAAAAACUGCCUUUAUAAGAUGUUGAUGAGCUUAGGUUAAAAAAAAAAAAAAAAAGAAAUAAAACAAAUAUAUUUUGUAUUGUCAGAAAUGGUUAAUUGAAAAGCAAUAAAAGUCUUAUGAAAUUUC